AUGUCCAAGAAAAAAGAGAUUAAAGAACAAAGAAAUUUGAUUGUGGACAUUGAUGUAGAAGAUUACGAUAUUGAGGAUAAAGAUGAAGAGAGUGUUAGUGUAAACAACAAAGCAACACCAAGGGGCCCGAGCUUGAAGAAGCCAAGGAAAAAGGGUCCAAUGGAUGCAUUUUUUACUCCUAACCCAGAAACUGUGGUUCAAAAUAGAAAGGACAAAGGAAAACAAACUUCAUUGAAUGCGACAUACAAGAAGGAAAUGAGAGAGCACACCAUCCAAAGAAUUGCUCGAUGGUUUUAUGAUGCAGGAGUGCCUCUGAAUGCUUGCACAUAUGAAAGUAUUGCCCCUAUGAUUGAGUCAAUUGGGCAAUUCGGUCCUGGAUUGAAACCACCAUCUUAUCAUGAGUUAAGAGUUCCAUGUUUGAAGAAGGAAUUAGAAUCAACAAAUGAGUUGAUGAGUAACCAUAAGGUAGAGUGGGCCAAGGUUGGAUGCACUGUUAUGGUUGAUGGAUGGACCGAUAGAAGAAAUAGGACAUUAAUUAACUUUUUAGUUAAUAGUCCUAAAGGAACCAUGUUUAUUGAGUCCAUCGAUGCUUCAUUUUAUGUGAAAGAUGGAAAGAAGAUGUUCGAGUUACUUGAUAAUUUUGUAAACCAAAUUGGAGAAGCGAAUGUUGUACAAGUAGUUACCGAUAGUGCCUCAGCAAAUGUGAUGGCAGGGAGAUUGUUAGAAGCAAAACGAUCACAUUUAAUAUGGUCUCCGUGUGCCGCUCAUUGCUUAGAUUUGAUGUUGGAGGAUAUAUACAAGAUCUCGAAUAUUCGCAAAGCAUUGAAAAGAGGCAUAGAGAUUAGCAAUUUCAUAUACGUUCGUCCUGGAUUGUUAAACAUGAUGCGACGUUUUACUAACCAAAAGGAGUUAGUUAGACCAGCUAAGACUCGUUUUGCUACUGCUGCAUUACAUUAUCGAGUAUACAUCGUCAAAAGAAUAAUCUGA